UUUUUUGUUCACAGCCAUGCAAAAAUCAGACAGUGACAACCUUUAGAACAAUGCACCUGCGCAGCAUGUGUACUCAGUUGACUACUGAUAAAACAUCGGUGGAAUAUCUUUAGUAUUUAUUCCGCAAACGUUGAUCACACUAGAACGUAGAAAGUAACAGUCAUGGAGGUUGCUUUUCAAAUAGUGGUUCUUCUCCUAAUCGCAACUUCAACGACAGCUGAUCUUGAUGACGAAGUUAGAACCCUUCGAUCUGAAGUGAAUGCACUAGAAAAGAAACUCGAUACAUUUUCCAAUUACUGUCGAAUGCUGCAAAGUGAUAUAUGUGGACCGUGCACGUGCUUGGAUGACUACACUCUACCACAAAAAUAUUACUGUGACUGCCAGAAUCUGCAACCGCAAAGAGACUGCUUACAACAUUACCAAACAGGAGGAAAUGUGGAUGGUUUGUAUUUGGUGAAUAUGAAUCAUCUAAGGUUGGUACAAGUUUACUGCGAUCAAACAACAGACGGAGGUGGCUGGACGGUGUUUCAACGGAGAAUGGACGGCACAGUCAACUUUUAUCGAAACUGGCGUGAAUACAAGACCGGUUUUGGAAAGCUUCAACAUGAAUUUUAUCUUGGUAAUGAAAAUCUUUACUAUUUAACCCUUCAAGCUUUGUAUCGUAGCGGAAGUCAACUACGUGUGGAUAUGGUAGACUGGAACGACAACAGGAUCUACGCCAAAUACUACAACUUUCAUAUCGGCAACGAUUACACUGAUUACACACUUCAUGUCCGUUCGUAUUCAGGAAAUGCGGGCGACAGUCUAACAAUACCACACGACGGCAAAAAAUUUUCCACUUACGACCUGGAUAAUGAUGAAGAUACGCGUAAUUGCGCCAAAACUUAUCGAGGAGCGUGGUGGUUUCGCGACUGCUUCAGUUCUCAUUUAAAUGGCGAAUACAUGCGAAAUCAUUUCGCCACGAAGAAUUAUUAUGGGAUACAUUGGCAAUCUUAUAAGUCAGACUACAAGUACUCUAUGAAGGCUGUAGAAAUGAAAGUAAGGAGAAAAUAAAGAGAGACAAGUAAAAAAAUAUUUGUUUUUUAUUUAAAGCCCUUAAGUGAGAAAAUCUAUUUAUGGGUUAGUCCCUGAAAAAUAGCGGUAAAACAGAUGCGACUACACAUGCGCUGUCGCCGUCAUUGAAAAGUGGAGCCGUCUUUCAGGAAACUGACGAC